AAAAGCUUACAGUGAAGGAUCUCUUCUUCUUAGCAAACUUCCUCUAUAGAUUGAGCUCUUUGUGAUCUUUCUAGAACAUUUCAAGCAUCUCUCGUGGAGCCUUACAUUUUUUUAAGUGAACUCGGUAAGGUAUCACUGUACUACAGACCCGUACCCCCUACCUACACAAAACCCUGUUCCGAUGGAGUUGUACGGUCGGAACCCGAUUCAUAACGGGUCUCAAUCUGGUUAUCUAUCCGAAUGGAACCCCGCUGGGGCGGAAACCGGCUUGGAAGAGUCGAUGUGGCAAUUGUCGGUGAGGGGCAUCGAAUCGUACCCGGAACGGCCCGGGGUAACUGACUGUGUUUACUACAUGCGAACUGGGUUCUGUGGAUACGGUAAAACCUGCCGUUACAAUCAUCCCCGCAACCGAGCUGCGGUUGAGGCUGCUGUAAGAGCCACAGGGGAGUACCCUGAACGACCAGGGGAACCCGUAUGUCAGUUUUAUUUAAAAACCGGAACCUGUAAAUUCGGUGUAUCCUGCAAGUUCAACCAUCCAAAACAUGGAGGUGGAUCCUUAAGCCAUGUUUCAUUGAAUAUAUUUGGACACCCAUUACGACCGGGUGAGAAAGAAUGCUCCUACUAUUUGAAAACGGGGCAGUGCAAAUUUGGUAUUACUUGUAAAUUCCACCAUCCUCAACCAGCUGGCACAUCAAUUUCAUCACCUGCACCUCAAUUUUAUCAGCCUGUGCAGUCUCCUUCUGUCCCGAUACCUGAACAAUAUGGUGGGGCAUCCACCAAUGUGAGAGUGGCAAGGCCACCACCUUUACCUGGUUCAUAUGUUCAAGGGGCUUAUGGUCCUGUACUGUUUUCCCCAGGAGUGGUUCCUAUUCAGGGUUGGAGUCACUACUCGGCGCCUGUAAGCCCAGUUCUCUCUCCUGGUGCACAAUCUGCUGUUGGAGCCACUUCUGUCUAUGGACUAACGCAAGUAUCUUCUUCAGCACCUUUGCUUGCAGGUCCUUAUCCCUCAUUCCCCUCUUCUACUGGCUUUUCAAGCAGUAACCAGAAGGAAAUUACAUUUCCAGAGAGACCUGGUGAACCUGAAUGUCAAUACUAUUUGAGGACAGGCAACUGUAAAUUUGGAUCAUCUUGUAGGUAUCAUCAUCCUAGAGACAGGAUUGUGCCACAAACAAAUUGCAUCCUCAGCCCAUUGGGACUUCCUUUACGACCAGGGGUGCAGCCUUGUGCUUUCUACUUGCAGAAUGGGCACUGCAAGUUUGGAUCCACAUGCAAGUUUGAUCAUCCUGUAGGAACAAUGAGAUAUACUCCAUAGCGUGGUCUCUUGUUGAUAUCCCAUGCUGGUUGCUCUCCAUCCAGUUGAGGCUUUACUGGCUACAUCGGCCCCUUCGUCUUCCCUUUGCAGCCGAUGCUUAUUUGAGGAGAAUUCCUUCUUCUGUGAGCACAUCUUAGUUCAGUUGGUUUGAUUUUUUUCGAUGAUGGUGUCUGUCCCCCCUUCAGAUUUGCAGCUUCCAAGCAGAGUUCUGUUUCUUUAAGCAUUAGCAGAAGCACACGACCGGAAUGUGAAUUUUGUCGCUAGAAUCGAUGUAAAAUAGCCGUUCUUCAUCUUCUUGCCAAAGUGGUUUCACCAUCCUCUCUGUAUAUCAUAGUCAGCUGUGCAAAGGUAUAUUUCUCAGCAGCCAGGGUCAUGGACAGAUAUGCCUGACCACACAAACGGACUGAUGGAAUUUUAUGCGUAGCUUGUCUUUAUUUACCGCCAUUGUUGUCUUGAAUAAGAUUCCAUUAUCAAACUG